UAGCUGCAAGUUGGCAGGAAGAGCUACAGAGCGGAGAUACAUGAUGAUGUCAACACGCCAGUGAUCCUCUCGGUCUGGCAAACACAAGGCCCUUUUUAACUCAUCGAUUUCUUGUUAUAUAUCGUAAUGGUCUGGUGGGAUUGUACAAGUAAUGUUCUGCCUGAUCUCAGAGGUGGUCGUUGUGUCGGCUCUGUCCUCUAAGGCGCAUUGCAGCUUUGCUCAAGGACUCUAGCGAUCAUCCGCAGCAUCCGGAGGAGUCCAGAUCCUACUGAUGCACCAGUGUGGAGAGCAGGAAGCUGGUGUUCACUGAAAAACCACAGGCAAAUGAAACAGGAAGGAUGGCAGCAAUCAGUGGGACUUGAUUCGCCAGUGAAGUAAUUCUUUAAUCAAACCAGCUUGGUCCUUUCCCUAGACUGGGAGUUGUUUUUAUCUCAGAGGAGCUGGACUGUGACCCUUGCCAAGGACUUGUAUUCUGUGCAGCACAGAGAUUUGCCCGGGCGAGAUUAGACACCAUCUGGCUAAUUUGACAGGAUUGAGAGUGAUGAGAUGUAUCUCGCAAUGUCAAAGCAAAAUCAUUUUGGCUGUUUGACCAGAGAUCUAGAGACAUGGAGAAUCUGAGCCUCAUCUCUCCUUAUCUACAGUUCUGAGCUGGGCUUGAGUCGGGAGGACCAUGCUCUGCUCAGAGCGUGGCGUGGUGGAGGAAUGGCUCUCAGAGUUCAAGACAUUACCUGACGAUCAAAUCAGCAGCUAUUCUGGCAGCCUGCGUCUGAAGAAAGCUCUGGUACCCGCGCUCUACGCUGUUAUUCAGGAGCAGCCCAUCAGUGAGCUGCUGGCUCCGGUGUGUCAUCAGUUGUUUGAGCUGUACCGGAGCUCAGAGGAGGGCUUGCGUCGGUUUACUCUGCAGUUCCUGCCUGAACUCAUCUUGGUGUACUUGCGUCAGUCAGCCAGCAGAGAGCGCUACCGCAAUGGCUGCGUGGAAGCCCUGCUGCUGGGGAUCUAUAACCUGGAAAUUGUGGACAGUAAAGGAAAUGGAAAGCUGCUGUCUUUUACCAUACCAUCUCUCUCCAAGCCUUCAAUAUACCAUGAGCCAUCCAGCCUGGGCUCCAUGGCGUUAACUGAGGGAGCCCUGAACCAGCACGACCUCAUCCGGGUGGUCUACAGCGGUCUGCUAUCUCAGAGAGAGACAUUUACCUCACAGAACAGGUUUGAGGUGCUGUCUUUUCUAAUGCUCUGCUACAACUCAGCCGUGGUCUUGAUGCCUGCGUCCUCCCACCAAUCGGUUUGCAGAAUGAGCACACGGCUGUGUGUGAGCGGUUACCCGCGCCAGCAGCAAAAGUCAUGGAAGGAGCCGUAUAACCGGGUCCGAUUGGAGCCAGAGUUCAUGGUGCAGAUGCUGACUGCUGUUUACCACGCCAUGUAA